UCCGCCACACCGCCAGGGUUUUUACCUGGUUGAUCGUCGGCUCCCUGGGCAUUGUUGUUUUUGUUUUAUUUCAAGGAGAGCCCUCUGUGAAAGUCAGGUAAGUUGACUUUUUUGCUGGUAACAUCCAUAUUGCUUUUGAAUAAGUUGGGAAUAAAUAAAAGAAAUAAGAAGAUAACUCCCCAAAUAGCCUAGCUACUAGCCAAGUACAGUUCUACCGUACACUAUCCAGACAGACAAAAAUAACAUCAGAUAAGACUACUAUUGAAACGUGUGACAUAUGAUUACCACAAAAUGGGAUUAUGAGGGAAACACCACCAUGGCAACAGCCAGCAAUGUCUUCAAUACAGCAACGUCCACCGAGUGGGUGACCUCCUUGCAUGUCAGACAGGCUGGUAAUGAAACGGCAUACAUCACCUUGCGUGUUGUCAGCCCAGAAACCCCCAUGCCCAUUCUUUUGAAGACUAACUUCUCCAAACUUCCCCUGUGGGAUUUUGAGGAUGUGUAUAACCAGGAUGCCACACCCAGAAACACGAUGUGCCAACAGUCCCUGAGGAAUUCUAAGGAUGAGAACUUCAAGAAAGCUUUUCUGCCCAACAUACGUCUGUUCCUGCACAAGGGCAAUAUCAACAUGAGCGAGUGGAACCGACUCUCCCAUUUCAACAAUCCGUUUGGCUUCAUGGGAUACUCUUACAAUGAUGUGAUGUCCUCAGUCAAAUUGAUUCCAAAGCCGAUAGAGCCUCUCCUCUCUCCUAAACCAGGCGGUGACGGUUGCAUCCACUGCGCCGUGGUUGGCAACGGAGGCAUCCUCAACGACUCCAAGAAGGGAAAAGAAAUCGACGCGCACGAUUAUGUCUUUCGGAUGAACGGCGCAGUCACUAAGGGUUACGAGGACGACGUGGGGAACAAAACAUCCGUCUACGUCCACACAGCUCACUCCAUCACUACGUCUUUGAAUCUAUUCAAGAAAUACGGCUACAAGUCGGUCCCCCAUGACGAGGGAAUCAAGUAUGUGUUGAUUCCAGAGGGCAUGAGGGACUUCCAGUGGCUUGGAGGACUCCUCAGAGGAGAGAAGGUGCAGCUUGGCCCGUACCGAAAAAAAUGGCCCCGGACAUACUACAUGGGGCAGUACAACGAGACCCGCUUUUAUGUCUUGCAUCAGGACUUCCUGCGAUACGUGCGCAACAGGUUCCUGAAAUCUCCACUCCUGAAUAAACGUUCCUGGAGGAUAUUCAGACCAACUAAUGGUGCUUUUACGAUUUUCCUGGCUCUUCACACGUGUGACACAGUGGACGCGUAUGGCUUCAUGACAAGAGACUAUGCCAAGUAUUCCAAUUACUAUUUCCAGAGGAACGUAAAAAGCCACGUGACUUUUUUCGCCAACCAUGACUACAAGCUGGAAAUGAGAAACUGGGAGAACCUGCACAACAGUACGAUCAUUUGUCUGUACCAAAAAAAGAAAAUGUCAAAAACGUAAAAUGAAUUCUAUAACAAGGGUAAUAAAGUAUAACACUGAAGUGUGGAAGAUAU